ACAUUUCCCAUGAAGCCAUGGGCUCGGGCCUCCGGCUUCCCCGGUGACCAGUAGCCAAUGGGAGACGCCGCAGUGGGCACCUUGUGGGUGAGAGUCCUGCCUUGGGUCGGAGUGCCGGGUCUAGGCCUGGAGGCGCGAGGCUGGCAUUUCGGACGAGAGUGGCGCGGCGUGGGGCGCAGCGAGGGCACUACGCGCCCAGGAGCUGCCGCACCGACCUGAUUUUCCGCGGCUGUUUAAGGACUAGCGCUUCGGUAGCCGGGGAGCUGGAGGGAACCUGAUUUGAGAUCAAUUCUUGGAGAACACAAAGAAGUGUGAUGGAUUGAACCAGCUGCCCUUUGACCCUGCCAACAACAACGAGCCCCUGCAGUUUGGUAGUGCCAGUGGCCCUCUGGUCACAGAAGGCCUCAUUGAGAAUGGAGGGGAAUCAAGCAAGAAAAGAAAGAGAACAAAUACUCCUUCAGCUGAUAACAGUAGAACUCUGAAUGUGGAUUCCACUGCAAUGACACUACCUAUGUCUGAUCCAACUGCAUGGGCCACAGCAAUGAAUAAUCUUGGAAUGGCACCGCUAGGAAUUGCUGGACAACCAAUUUUACCUGACUUCGAUCCUGCUCUUGGAAUGAUGACUGGAAUUCCACCAAUAACUCCAAUGAUGCCUGGUUUGGGAAUAGUACCUCCACCAAUUCCUCCAGAUAUGCCAGUAGUAAAAGAGAUCAUACACUGUAAAAGCUGCACGCUCUUCCCUCCAAAUCCAAAUCUCCCACCUCCUGCAACCCGAGAAAGACCACCAGGAUGCAAAACAGUAUUUGUGGGUGGCCUGCCUGAAAAUGGGACAGAGCAAAUCAUCGUGGAAGUUUUCGAGCAGUGUGGAGAGAUCAUUGCCAUUCGCAAGAGCAAGAAGAACUUCUGCCACAUUCGCUUUGCUGAGGAGUACAUGGUAGACAAAGCCCUGUAUCUGUCUGGUUACCGCAUUCGCCUGGGCUCUAGUACUGACAAGAAGGACACAGGCAGACUCCACGUUGAUUUCGCACAGGCUCGAGAUGACCUGUAUGAGUGGGAGUGUAAACAGCGUAUGCUAGCCAGAGAGGAGCGCCAUCGUAGAAGAAUGGAAGAAGAAAGAUUGCGUCCACCAUCUCCACCCCCAGUGGUCCACUAUUCAGAUCACGAAUGCAGCAUUGUUGCUGAAAAAUUAAAAGAUGAUUCCAAAUUCUCAGAAGCUGUACAGACCUUGCUCACUUGGAUAGAGCGAGGAGAGGUCAACCGCCGUAGCGCCAACAACUUCUACUCCAUGAUCCAGUCAGCCAACAGCCAUGUCCGCCGCCUGGUGAACGAGAAAGCUGCCCAUGAGAAAGAUAUGGAAGAAGCAAAGGAGAAGUUCAAGCAGGCCCUUUCUGGAAUUCUCAUUCAAUUUGAGCAGAUAGUGGCUGUGUACCAUUCUGCCUCCAAGCAGAAGGCAUGGGACCACUUCACAAAAGCCCAGCGGAAGAACAUCAGCGUGUGGUGCAAACAAGCUGAGGAAAUUCGCAACAUUCAUAAUGAUGAAUUAAUGGGAAUCAGGCGAGAAGAAGAAAUGGAAAUGUCUGAUGAUGAAAUAGAAGAAACAACAGAAACAAAAGAAACUGAGGAAUCAGCCUUAGUAUCACAGGCAGAAGCUCUGAAGGAAGAAAAUGACAGCCUCCGUUGGCAGCUCGAUGCCUACCGGAAUGAAGUAGAACUGCUCAAGCAAGAACAAGGCAAAGCCCACAGAGAAGAUGACCCAAACAAAGAACAGCAACUGAAACUCCUGCAACAAGCCCUGCAAGGAAUGCAACAGCAUCUACUCAAAGUCCAAGAGGAAUAUAAAAAGAAAGAAGCUGAACUUGAAAAACUCAAAGAUGACAAGUUACAGGUGGAAAAAAUGUUGGAAAAUCUUAAGGAAAAGGAAAGCUGUGCUUCUAGGCUGUGUGCAUCAAACCAGGAUAGUGAAUACCCUCUUGAGAAGACCAUGAACAGCAGUCCUAUCAAAUCUGAACGUGAAGCACUGCUAGUGGGGAUUAUCUCCACAUUCCUUCAUGUUCACCCAUUUGGAGCAAGCAUUGAAUACAUCUGUUCCUACUUGCACCGUCUUGAUAAUAAGAUCUGCACCAGUGAUGUGGAGUGUCUCAUGGGUAGACUCCAGCAUACCUUCAAGCAGGAAAUGACUGGAGUUGGAGCCAGCCUGGAAAAGAGAUGGAAAUUCUGUGGCUUCGAGGGCUUGAAGCUGACCUAAAUCUCUUUGCCUAACAACUUGGGAUCCUGAAGAUAAAUAUGUGUUGGACAAGCAUAGAAAGUGAUUUGUAUUUUUAAUGGUUUUCAAGUGGAAGUUCCUUUGAAUUUGUCAAUUCAUUCCUGGAAAAUCUUUUGAGUUAAAAUAAGGAUCCUGGGACAGCACCUCGAACUACAGGCCCUAAAGAGAAAUUGCCUCAAACCGCAAGUGCUGUAACUUCCUCCCCUUUCUGUCAAUUGAUUGUCUUUAAAUAUUGCAAAAGUCCUGAGGCUAAACAGUAUUUGGAGUGUUUUCAGUGUCUGUACUACUGUUGUAGACUUUGGUAUUUUUUUAAACACUGUUAACUGAAAUGUUUUGAUGAUUUGUAUGUGAUUUGUGUUUCUAAACUUCUCUUUACAUUAAUGUUGCUACUGGUGAAAGGAAUGAGAGCAGCACUAAGUCCUCUGUGUAACUGCCAUUGUCUUUCCAAUCCCCAGUAGACCAGUAAAUAAAUAACACAUCAGUGUCUUCUAGAAGGUGCCUGACCAGGUUCACCUUUUCAAUGACAAAGCAUGGUUUGUGGCUUUUUGCAAAAUUACUAUGAACCAAAAGUUGACAAAUGUUCCAAAGUUAUUUUCUCUAUAACAUAUCACAUUAAAGGUCUGUUUCAGAAUUGUAAAAAGUACAUCUAGAUGUGUUUGCAGAAAGCAAGUAUCCAGUAUGACUGGCAUGUGUUCGUGCUAUUCAGAAUCACUUGUAAAUAGUCUGCUUUUAAAGGAGGGCAUGUUCCGUUUUCUGUGAAUUAAAACACGCUCAUGUGUGGACACACACGCACAAACACACGCACGUGCGCACACAGUGACAGAAGGGAUUUGUGUUAAUUUUCUUUCCCCUCUGGCCUUCUUACGGUCUCUUGGUCCCUUUGCUUCUGUUGUCAGUGUGUUGAAUUGCAAACCGUGUACUGCUGUAAAUACUAUGUUUACUUCAUGCUGAAUGUUUGCAAAGACUUGAUAUAAGUAUUAAUAGUAAUGAAUCAAUGAAUAAAUAAUGAGCCAGGGUUUGUGAGGCUUUCUACAAAUAAGUCAGCUCCACCUGGAGUGCGGAUUGCCAGAGACACCUCCAGUUCUGUAGUGCCCAUCUGCAAAUCGCAAUGGCAGCAUGUGAGUGGACCAUUCAGAAACUGCUGCUUGGUGGAAAGGAAAUGGAGAGGAUGAAGGUUUGGGGCAAAUAUCCUGAGACACAGAUGGUCUUUAUUGUGUGUGGUGGUGGUUGUGGUACUUAUAAUAAUGCAAGCAUACCCCCCCCCCUUGAGUCUCAAUUGAAGAUAAAAGAAUGUAUUGAGUAAGCAAAGCCAAUGGAGAGUAUUUCACGAAAAUACUUUGUAAAUGAAAUGCCAGUAGUGUUCAAAGUUGUAUUUUUAAAAGAUAAAUAUUCCUUUUUAUACCUCCGUUUUGUGUCCUGUUUUUAAUGACUUUCUCUCUAAGUAAUCCAUUAGUAGUUAUCUCAGUUCCUUCCUUUGGGUUACUAGGAUGUUGGAAAAAGAUGCCAAGCCUGCCGUGACAACUGGAAAUAGGGUUCCACCGCAGCCCGUUCAUGCUGCGAACUGGCUUUCCCCUCAAGCUGUGGCACCAGCAGGAAGCUAGGGUUCAUUUUACACUGGCUCCCUCACUGAUGCAUCUCUCAUCAACACUACGGAAGGCUUUGUUUCAUCCGUCUCAGGGGCUCUUGGAAUACCUAAUUUUAAUAAUAUCUAUGAAAUCAGGGGAAACUUUCCACUUACAGUUAUUUCUUGUUUAAAUAAAUUAAUUUUUAGGGGAGAGCAGUAGGAAAAAGAGCUAAUGCAUGCCAGGCUUAGUACCUAGGUGAUGGAUUGAGGUGCAGCAAACCACCAUGGCACACAUUCACCUAUGUAACAAACCUGCACAUCCUGCACAUGUACCCCGGAACUUAAAAGAAAAAAAUCCAACUCCUUACCAUGAUAUUAAUACCUUAAAAAAAAUGUUUAAAGCAACAGCUGCCACACCUAAACACCUUACUCUCCUUCACUUAAUCAACUUACAUCGCAGAUUGUCUGUUUCUGUUACUCCUGCCAGUUGAGUAUAGAUAGACUCCUCCCAGUUUGCUUGAAUAUACUAGUUGUUAUGGUUAAUUGUAUGUGGCAACUUGGCUAGGCUGUAGUGCCGAGUUGCUUGGUCAAACACCAGUCUAGAUAUUGCUGUGAAGGUAUAUUUUAGAUGUGAUUAACAUUUAAGCCAGUAGACUUUGAGUAAAACAGGUUACCCAUUAUCAUGUGGGUGGACCUCAUCUGAUCAGCUGAAGGCCUUAAGAGAAAAGACUGAAGUUGCCUGAGGAGGGAAUUGUGCUUCGAGACUGCCUUUGGACUCAAAACUGUGACAUCCAACUCCUGCCAGAACUUCCAGCCUGCCGGCCUGCCCUACAAAUCUCUAACUUGCCAGCACCCAUAAUCGCAAAAGCCAAUUCCUUAAAAUAAAUAGAUCUCUCUCAUAUAUAUCUAUAUAUAAAUAAGCAUAGAUAUAUAGAGAUAUAUAGAUAUGAAUGUGCAUUACAUUACACAAUCAAAUUGUGGCACAUACCAUCUCUCACAAACCUUUUCAUUCAUCAUAGAAAUCUAUUAAUGAAGCCGCUUUUUCCUACAAAGUCCCAGUGCUAUUUAUGGUUCUGUUGUUCCUCCAGAAUUUUGAAAUAUUGCUGUUUUGUUAUGUUUAUGAGAUACAGUAGUUAGCAUUUCUUCAAUAUAAUAAUGAAUAGAAGCUUUAUUUUAUUUUACAAAUGAUUUUUUCAUCUCCUUCCCUAGUCCUGUGACAUCUCUAAUUCUGACUUUUUUAUUACCAAGUUGCUUGUUAAAUGUCUUCAAUGCAAAUGAAAGUUAUUUUUCAUAGAAAAUUAAAGACACAUCUGCAUUCAAGUUACAUAGAGGUUUUUUUUUUUUAAAUUUUGGCCCCAAAAUGUAUGCUUUUCAUAUAAGGCAGAAGAAACUGUAUUAUUUGAAAAGAUA